AGGUAAAUUUCAGCUGCCAUAGGUAGCCGGGAUCUAUCUAGGUCAGACACUCAUCCGAUCACAAAUUUUGGUUUUCUGUACAAAGCAAUAAUUCAAGAUGGAUGUGUGGGAGAACGAGGCAAUUGACAAAUCACAGUAUGCGACCUCCAUCGCUGUCAACGAUGAGGACGAUCAAGCGGACGCAGAGUCACACCUGCAGUCCAUCAUGCCGAAAGCCACUGUUCGAAACACCUUCUCCGCUCCUGCGUCUACACUCGCAGAGACUGAGAAGGAAGGAGAGUCGUUUGACCCCAUGGACGCUCAUCGCGCAAGGAGGAUCGCUGAUCGGGAGGACGAGUACAAGGCGCGACGCAGAAAUAGGAUCAUCUCUCCAGAGAGGCACGAUCCAUUUGCUGCUGGAGAUCAGACGCCUGCUGCCGAUGUGAGAACCUACAAGGACAUCAUGGAGGAGCAGCAGUUGGCCAAGGAGCGUGAAGCGGUUAUGGCACAGGUUCAAAAGCGCAUGGAGGAGGAAAAAGAAAAGAAAAAGCGCCCCAGCGACAGUGCAGAUGCUGGAUCGUCCCAGAUUUCUUCAGCUUCCACGAAACGAUUUGGUGGUGUCACUCCGCUUGCAAAGAGUGCUUGGGAUACCUCGGAGGCUUCGGAGGCAGCCACUCCCUCAAGAUGGGACUCAGCUACUCCAGUGAUUGGAUCUCGAAAGAAUAGGUGGGAUGAGACGCCGCAAAGAAUCGGUCCCGAUGCAACGCCAGGUGGAAGUGAGAAGAAAGUGAGAUCCCGAUGGGACGAAACUCCAGUUAUGCUGGGCGGUGCAACCCCUGUAGUUGGAGCAACACCCUAUGGCGGAAUUGAUAUGAUGACUCCCAGCCAUCUCUCUGCCUUGACACCUGAACAACUUCAAGAGCUCCGUUUUCAGAGGGAUGUCGAUGACAGGAACAGGCCUUGGGUCGAUGAGGAAUUGGACGCUCUCUUCCCACCUGACGGAUAUGAAAUCCUGGAGCCUCCAGCUAGUUACAAGCCCCUUCAAACGCCAUCACGAAAAUUGUUGGCUACACCAACUCCUGGAGGAACUCCUGCGUAUCAAAUCCCUGCUGAAAAGCCCAAAGAUGCCUAUAGUGUGCCUCCGACUCCUGCUGAUUUGCCUUUUGUAAAGCCUGAGGACUACCAGUUUUUCGCCCCUCUUUUGGACGAGACCAUUGACGAAGAUCAGCUGUCCAAGGAUGAAGGAAACGAAAGGAAGAUUAUGAAGUUGCUUUUGAAGGUCAAGAAUGGCACUCCACCGAUGAGGAAACAAGCUUUGAGGCAAAUCACGGACAAAGCAAGGGAAUUUGGACCUGGACCAUUGUUCAAUCAAAUCCUUCCCCUCUUGAUGUCCCCUACCCUGGAAGAUCAAGAACGCCAUUUGCUCGUGAAGGUCAUUGACAGGGUGUUGUACAAACUUGAUGAUCUGGUUCGUCCUUAUGUGCACAAGAUUUUGGUCGUGAUUGAGCCACUUCUGAUUGAUGAAGAUUAUUAUGCUCGUGUGGAAGGACGUGAAAUCAUUGCGAACCUUUCAAAGGCCGCAGGACUUGCAACCAUGAUUGCUACGAUGCGUCCAGAUAUCGACAAUUUAGAUGAAUAUGUGAGGAAUACUACCGCUCGAGCCUUCGCUGUUGUUGCUUCAGCACUCGGUAUUCCUGCACUCCUCCCAUUUUUGAAGGCAGUUUGUCAAAGCAAGAAGUCAUGGCAGGCCAGACACACCGGCAUCAAAAUUAUUCAACAGAUUGCCAUCCUGAUGGGGUGUGCAGUCUUGCCUCAUUUGAAGCAGAUGGUCGAAAUCAUGGAGGGUGGACUCACUGAUGAACAACAGAAGGUUAGGACGAUCACUGCUCUGUCCUUGGCUGCCUUGGCGGAGGCUGCCACGCCCUACGGUAUUGAGGCUUUUGACUCUGUGCUCAAGCCCUUGUGGAUUGGCACCCGUGCACAUCACGGAAAAGUGCUUGCUGCGUUUUUGAAGGCAGUUGGUUUCAUCAUCCCACUCAUGGAGCCAGAACAUUCUGGAUUCUACACAAGGGAGAUCAUGCCCAUUCUGAUCAGAGAGUUUCAGACACCUGAUGAAGAAAUGAAGAAGAUUGUGAUGAAGGUUGUGAAGCAGUGUGUUGGAACUGAGGGUGUGGAUGCACCCUACGUCAAAGCAGAGAUCUUGCCAGACUUCUUCAAGUAUCUGUGGGUCAGGAGAAUGGCGCUCGAUCGCCGAAACUACAGGCAGUUGGUGGAUACGACAGUCGAGCUCGCCAACAAAGUAGGUGGGGCGGACAUUGUAAAUCGACUUGUUGAUGGACUCAAGGAUGAGUCAGAACCAUACCGCAAGAUGGUCAUGGAGAGCAUAGAGAAAGUUGUCACAAACCUUGGAACGACGGAUAUUGAUCAACGCCUUGAAGAGCAAAUGGUUGAUGGUAUCUUGUAUGCCUUCCAGGAGCAACAAUCGGAAGACACUAAGGUUAUGCUUGAUGGUGUUGCUGCGGUUGUCAAUUCCUUCCGUGAACGAGUCAAGCCUUACCUGCCACAAAUCUGCGGUACACUGAAGUGGCGUUUGAACAACAAAUCUGCGAAAGUGCGCCAGCAAGCAGCAGACCUGAUUGGUCGCAUUGCAGCUGUCAUGAAGCGUUGCGGAGAAGAGCAGUUGCUCAACCAUUUGGGCGUUGUUUUGUAUGAGUAUCUCGGUGAGGAAUACCCCGAGGUGUUGGGCUCGAUUUUGGGAGGUCUCAAGGGCAUUGUCAAUGUUGUUGGUAUGGCGAAGAUGACUCCCCCCAUCAAGGAUUUGCUUCCACGUCUGACGCCAAUCUUGAGGAACAGACAUGAGAAAGUUCAGGAGAAUUGUAUAGAUUUGGUUGGUCGUAUUGCAGACAGGGGAGCGGAGUUUGUCUCUGCCAAGGAAUGGAUGCGUAUCUGUUUCGAACUCUUGGAUAUGCUCAAGGCGCACAAGAAGGCCAUUCGUCGUGCUACUGUCAACACUUUUGGCUACAUCGCCAAAGCCAUUGGCCCUCAGGACGUGCUGGCUGUUCUUCUCAACAAUCUGAAGGUACAGGAAAGGCAAAAUCGUGUGUGUACAACGGUUGCAAUUGCUAUCGUUGCUGAGACUUGCGGACCGUUCACUGUCCUCCCGGCGUUGUUGAAUGAGUAUCGUCUGCCCGAGCUCAAUGUCCAGAACGGAGUUCUGAAAGCGUUGUCGUUCCUUUUCGAGUACAUCGGAGAGAUGGGCAAGGAUUAUGUCUAUGCUGUUACCCCACUUCUUGAAGACGCCCUUAUGGAUCGUGACCUGGUGCACAGGCAAACUGCGAGCACUGUGGUAAAGCACCUUACCCUGGGUGUGUACGGACUUGGAUGCGAGGAUGCCUUGGCUCAUCUCCUCAAUUUCGUGUGGCCCAACAUUUUCGAACAGUCACCUCACGUGAUCAAUGCGGUUCUCGAAGCCAUCGAAGCGAUGCGAGUCAGCCUCGGAGCCUCGAGGGUCCUCCAGCACACUCUGCAGGGUCUGUUCCACCCGUGCAGGCGAGUGCGUGAAGUGUACUGGAAGAUCUACAACAACCUCUACAUCGGGUCGCAGGAUGCCCUCAUCCCGGCGUACCCGCUCUUGGAGGACGACGAGUACAACACGUAUCGUAGAGUUGAGAUGGAGCUAUUCAUCUGAGGCGCAGGCCCUCGACGUGAGCUUCUUGCAAGUAUACGACAUGUAAAGUCAUGCAAACUCUCG